AUGUCACUAUUGACAUAUGUGACUCUCUACACUAGCAUUGUAGCGUUGUCAUAUGUUUUAAUUUUGCAUGUAGGAGCUGAGUCAGGAAGCCGGAAUGAGCCAAGUGUUAUCAGGAUUCGAUUGAAGAAAAUCAUAGCCGUUUCCAUAGCUAAUUUGAUUAUAGCACCAAUAGUGUUAAUAUAUUGGCUGAAACUGAUUCCAGAUUUAAACUCGUUUUUCCUAAUUAUGGGAUUCAAGAAUAUAUUUAAGGUGAAAAGUUUAAUUGAAGUUCAGAAGACAUUGUCGUUGUUCAUGAUUUUAUUUAUUGGUCCCCUAUCACAAACGAUUACAGAUUUUCGUUUGGAAGAGCAUUACUCAUCUUAUAUUGAAAUCGUUAGAGACUUGCUUUUUGCUCCGAUGACGGAAGAGCUUUUCUUUACAUCACUGGCAUUGGGUUCUUUUCUAUCUUAUGAAUUAUCAAAGCAAGCUGUUCCAGUAUAUUCACCUACCGUGUUUUCAGGUGAUAAUUCCAUUGACCCUUACUUAAAGUUGACUCCGUUAUUAUUUGGCUUUGCUCAUCUACACCAUGCAAUCGAAAUGUUUAAGUCAUCAGUGCCUAUCCUGCAGAUAGUUAUUAUCUGUGGUUUUCAGUGUCUUUAUACUACACUUUUCGGAUACUUAACUAAUCUCAUCUUUGUGAAUACAGGAAGUAUAUGGUGCUGUUUUAUUGCUCAUGCGUUUUGUAACUUUAUGGGGCUUCCAUCAUUAAAUAUUGAAGGCAGUUUAUCCAGGAAAAUAAGUUACUGGUUUUUACUCGUGUUUGGGAUUGUUGGAUUUGGUGUUUACUUUGACAAACUUACCUAUGAUCACGCAAAAUAG